CCAUUCGCAAUCAAACAUGGCUUGCAAGUUUGUAGUAUUCUUGGGUCUGGCGGCCCUCGCAAGGGCUGCGAUAGUUCCGGUCGUGCCCGCAGCUCCCGUCGUCGCAGCCGCUGCCCCCGCGGUGCCAGCGAACGUCGAGGAUUACGACCCUGCGCCCCAGUACAGCUUCACGUACGACGUCCAGGACCCGAUAACCGGGGACUCGAAGGCCCAGUACGAGACGAGGAACGGGGACAUCGUCCAGGGAAGUUACAGCUUGAUCGAGGCCGACGGAACCCGAAGAAUCGUCGACUACACGGCCGACCCGAUAAACGGAUUCAACGCCGUCGUCAGUCGCGAGCCCGCGGUAGCGGCGAUCGCCGCCCCCGCUGUCGGCUACGCCCCAGCCGUCGGAGUCGCUCCGGCUCCGGCGGGAAUCGUCCCGGAAGCAGCCGCCCCUGAAAUCCCCUCGAGCGGGCCGGACUCCGAAGUCGAGAUAAUCGACGCCAAAUCCGGACCCCUCCGACGGGGACAGGACGCCGAAGGACGGAACGAGCAAGCGCAGAAAUUGCAGAGCCAACGCUUCCAGAAUCAACCUCAGAAGCAACAGCGAUUACAGACGCAAGAACAAAGCCAACAAAAAACACGAACCAACGCCCGGGUCGUCCUCGAACCCCUCGCCACCACAGAAAUCCGACCCGCACCCGCUCGCGCCGUCGCCACCUCCCUCCCCGCCACCCUUGUCGCCAACCCCGUUCGCUACGUCGCACCCGCCGCUCCAGCUGCUCGCAUCACUCUCUCUUACCCCGCGUACUCCGCUUACGCAGCUUCCUACUCCUCGCCCUUCGCCUACUCGGCUCCGGUCGCUGGACUCACCUACGCCCCGACAUAUGUCUGAGACCUCAAACCCUGCGUAAUCCUGCUCACUACGAAAAUCACGGCGCGAUUUUCAAUCCUAGGAGAAAUCAACCUUCUGAUAAGCUACUUUGUACAUUUACCACGACGAAUAUUUACAAUCGACGAUGAAGAAUAAACUAGACUGUGAA